AUGUCCAAUGCUGAUUCUCCCUACAGUGUCGACAGCAGUGGUGGAUCGAAGAAUGAGGUAAUGCAUGCGGGAUCACGGUAUUAUGGACCAGAGCAGAACGGAACACAGAAUGUGCAUUUGAACAACACUGGUCAUUUUUAUUCACCUUAUCAACAGUCCAGUCUUCAAGGAACACUAGGCUACAGCGCAGACUAUGCACCCAUUGCCAGAGUCGCAGAAACCACUUCUGCCGAGGCGUUGUCGCAUGUGGCUCCAACACCAUCUGUCUCCUCCCUGCAGCCAACUCCAAUGCCCCCCAUGCAGUUCCUACAGUUUAACUCUCAAACGGUAGUAUACCGACACCCGUUUGUGUACCUCUUCACUUUCCUCUUCUUCGAAGCCUAUCCCAUAAACUGUGGGAUGAAUGGGGUGAAUGUGAUUGAAGCACGUCUGCCUUGCGAAGCGAGUGCAACACGUUUGGGCCGAAAGCAUGCCUCCUACACUAGUGGCACCUGCGACUCACUUCUCACCCGUUCCAACGUCGACUGUGCCACCGCCCAUUCAUCCACCGAUCGCCACUCCAAUGCAAAAUAUGCGGAUAUCCGCUGGCACCAACCUGCUAUCGACAACACCCUUUCCCUCCGCACCACUCCACAGUUCUACUGUGCCAUCCUCUCUGCAUCACAACAGAGCAAGCCUUAUCGGCUGAAUGGAGGCUUUGUUGCCAACUGCUGUUGUCCCACUUUCCUUCCUUCAACUGAGUCACUACAGUCUUCGUCACCAGGAGGCUUGAUUCCGGAAAUGGAAAUGCCAUGCCAACAAAGUAAUGGAACCAGCUGUCAGGUUGAUAGCCGAGGUCAAACGUGGUCUGGUUCUGCACCCACCACUUCUUAUCAGUCAAUCCAACCACCACCGCUUCUUAACGGUCCUCCAUCUUUGCCUACCUCUACAUGGGGCACAGUCCAAGGAGUAUUCCAGGCUCCAGGUGGAUCUAUGCCACAAAUGCACUCUGGCUAUCCCAAUGCUGUGAUGCACAUGCCUAAUUCAAUUCUUCCAUACCCACCAAGACUACCUUCUUCCCAUACCGCAAUCCGUCCACAGCAACACGAGCAACAACACUACUGUAGCAAUCGACGUCACCAAGUGGCUCCCUUCAUGCCAGUUGUGGGCAUGCUUUCGCAGCAAAUGCAACAGCCUCCAGCCCAGGGUGGAGUGGAAUCCAAGGCGGGCAAUUCACAAGGCAUGACUCCUGAAGCACAGAGUACAGUUCAGGGUGCAUCCAGACGCCAUCGGACAAUUUACACACCAGAGCAGCUGCGUGCGUUGGAGGAAGUGUUCGCGGUGAACAGGUAUCCGGACGCGAGCGCACGUGAGGAGGUGGCAAUCCGACUCGGCAUUGCCGAAUCGAGAAUACAGGUGUGGUUUAAAAAUCGUCGAGCGAAGCUGCGAAUGCUGGAACGACGCAUUCUGCGCCAGUGA